AAUGAUUUCAUUAAUUAUUGUUAAUCACUCUUUGACGAAGGGAAAAGAGAAACAAAAGCCGUUGUUCUCCAAUGUCCGUUCCAACAGCAAAUUUCCUUUCAUUUCUGUAAAAAUAAUUUAAUAUUUACGCACAAAUAGGGGGAGGAGGAAACAUAACAGACCCCAAAACUCUUUGCUAGCUCAACUCUGCGAGUUUUCACUAUCUUCUUCUACGCAAUCGAAAUAUCUUUUCACAUCUAAAUUACACCGAUUCGAUCAUAUUCGCAUACUGAUCAAUUGGUCUCGGUCUCCAUUCCUUCAUUUUCUUUUUCCUUUUUUUUUUUUCCUUCAAAAGUUUUAUACGUGAGAAAUACAUUUGUUCCUCGUUCCUUUUUCGGUUUGUGUAAUUAUAAUUUUUUUUUUUGGUGGGUUUAUUAAGAUUUGAAAUUUAGACAAAUAUACAAGAAGAUGUCGAAUUUGCAAAGUAAUUUCAAUCAGAAGAUCGACUACGUGUUCAAGGUGGUGCUGAUCGGAGACUCAGCGGUGGGAAAGUCUCAGCUCUUGGCUCGUUUUGCUCGGAACGAGUUCAGCUUGGAGUCAAAAGCAACAAUUGGGGUUGAGUUCCAGACUAAGACGCUCGUCAUCGACCACAAAACCAUCAAGGCCCAGAUUUGGGACACCGCUGGUCAAGAAAGAUACAGGGCGGUGACAAGUGCUUACUAUAGAGGUUCAGUGGGGGCAAUGCUGGUCUAUGACAUAACCAAGCAUCAAUCAUUUGAUCAUGUAACCAAGUGGUUAGAGGAAUUGAGGGGGCAUGCUGACAGCAAUAUUGUCGUGAUGCUUGUAGGUAACAAGUCUGACCUUGGAACACUUAGAGCUGUACCUUCUGAGGAUGCGAAAGAGUUUGCCCAAAGGGAGAACCUAUUCUUUAUGGAGGCAUCAGCACUUGAGGCUACUAAUGUUGAAUCUGCAUUUAUUACUGUCCUAACGGAAAUUUAUCGAAUCCUUGGCAAGAAGUCCCUCAUUGCCAAUGACGAAGCAGAGUCGGAAGGGAGUGCCUCACUUCUCAAGGGUACAAAAAUUGUUGUCCCUGGAAGAGAGCCCGAGCCUCAAGGAAAUAGUUGUUGCUGGUCUUCAUAGGAUUGUAGCCUUUUAACCUUAUCCUGUAACGUGGAUUACUGCAGUUUAUAGAUCCUGUAAUUUUCUUACCCUCUUUUCUUUAAUUCCUUACCAUUCAACUUCCAAGUUUGUCAUUGUUUGACAUGGUUACAUUUUUCCAUCUUUCAGGAGAGAAUUGUAAUACAGCUCGUGGUACAUCUGGUAAUUAGUUUCACCCUCUUCUUGUAAAAAGCUGUUGGCAGCUGACCGGAACAGAAAUCUCGGACUCAAACACACAGUGAUGUGAUAAAAUUGACAUGUACUUGCAUGUAGUUAAAGAUCACAUAUAUUUUAUGAUUUUUACAAGCAUUUCGUGGGUGGAAUAGUAAGGUUUUUUGGGUUUGCGCAGGAGCUCACACACCCACAAACAUGUAACUACUAGACCAGACGAUAUGUAGCUCAUGGGAAAAUGAGCUUGAGUUUGGUUGUGGAAGAGUAGUAUUUCACUAUUUAUUGAGUCUUACUUUUGAUGCAUGAAUUGCUUUCGAAGUAAUCGAUUCAACAUUCUGUGA